CCGGCAGGCAGUCGGCCACCUCCGCUGGACGGCGCCGUGACGCCGCGUUAGCCGCUGUGUGAGCGGUGACGUGGCGACGCCCUGUUCGUGGGCAUCUCCGCCGGGGUGGGCUGUGUGUGACAGUGGUCGGCGGCCGGUCGAUCGGAGGUGGCCGGGACGACUGGCUGUGAUCAGUGGCUCCAAGGACACCGGCGCCAUGCCGCCGUCCAACCCCAGCAAAUCCGAGCGUAAGCACGCGCGCAAGAAGCGGAAGCUGGAGGAGCGUCAGAACUCGUAUACGCAGAUCACCGACUGGAACGGCGACCUGCCGUCCAUCACCACCGAGGCGCCGCCCAAGGCGCGGAUCACAAACAGGUGUAUGGUGAAAAAAGGUCAUGUGAUACUGCUAGGACUUCUUCUCUUCUUGAUCAUCACGUCAAUUGCACUGUCAUUAGCGUUCUGUUUACCAAACCUCAACGGCAAUGGUCCUGCAGCGUUCCAAGAGUUGCGACCAGAGCCGUCCUCGACUCCACUUAGAAAGUUCCAGAAGGCAGCCAUUGCCUCCGAUGCCACGGAAUGUGCCGAAAUCGGAGCCGCGAUGCUGCGGCGGAACGGCACAGCCGUGGACGCGGCCGUGGCGGCGCUGGUCUGUGUGGGCGUCAUCAACACCCAGUCAGCCGGCAUCGGCGGCGGCUUCAUCAUGACGCUGUACGACCGGCGGCAGCGCGAGGCGGCGGCGCUGCUGGCGCGCGAGACGGCGCCGGCCGCCGCCACCCGGGACAUGUUCGUCGACGACCCCUCGCAGUCGCAGUACGGCUGGAAGUCGGCGGGUGUGCCGGGCGAGGUGGCCGGCUACUGGGCCGCCCACCAGAAGCACGGCCGACUGCCGUGGGCAGAGCUGUUCGAGCCCACCAUCAAACUCUGCCGCGAGGGGUACCGCGUCAACGGCCACCAGGCCAGCUACCUCAGAGCCAAGAUGGAUGAACUCAUCGUUGACCCGACCUUCAAGUCCAUCUUCUUCAACGAGACGACCGGCGAGCCCAAGAAGGAGGGCGACAUUGUGCGCCGGCCGGCGCUGGCAGACACACUACAGGCCAUCGCCGACGGUGGCGCCGCCGCCCUCUACGGCGGACAAGUCGGGAAACAGCUGGCCGAUGACAUCCAGAAGAACGGUGGAAUCAUCACACUAAAGGACCUCGAGGACUACAGGGUGCGCUGGGUGACACCGGCCACGGCUCGUCUCAGUGACGGCCUCUCGCUGUACGGAGUGCCGGCCCCCGGCUCCGGGAACCUCCUGACAUUCGUUUUCAAUAUCCUGGAUGGCUACCAGUACAGCCAGCACAGACCCCGAACGGAGGAGCAGCUGAACCUCAUGUACCACCGGAUAGCCGAGGCGUUCAAAUACGCCUUCGCUCGGAGGACGGAGCUCGCUGAUCCCGAGUUCGUGGAUAUUUCUGAGCUGAUGGCGAACCUCACGUCCCGCGACUACGCCGAGUACAUCCGCGGCCUCAUCGACGACUCGCGCACCUUCAACGACCCGGACCACUACGGCGUGGACGUGGCGCCCGUCUCCGACUCGGGCACCGCGCACGUGUCCGUCAUCGACGCCGAGGGUAACGCCGUCUCAGUCACCAGCACCGUCAACCUGCACUUCGGCGCCAAGGUGAUCUCGCCCAGCACGGGCAUCCUGCUCAACGACGAGAUGGACGACUUCUCCACGCCCGGAAUGAAGAACUAUUUCAACCUGCCGCCGUCACCGAGCAAUUUCAUCAAGCCAGGAAAGAUGAUGGUGUCGUCCAUGUCUCCGUCUCUGUUUGUGGAUCCGUCCGGAGACAUCCGCCUGGUGGUGGGCGGCGCGGGCGGAUCGCGCAUCACCACCGCUACCGCCCUGGUUGCGUUCCGUCACCUGUACCUGGAUGAGGACGUGAAGACGGCCAACGAUUUCCCGAGGUUCCACCAUCAACUGUUCCCGAUGACACUCAACUAUGACGAAGGCUUCCCUCCGACGACAGUGGCCUACCUCUCCGAGAAGGGGCACAACAUGGAGCAGUGGAAGCUGCGCGCCGUGGUGCCCGUCCUCAGCCGUCUGAACGGAGUCAUCACUGGUAACAUGGACUACAGGAAGGGCGCCGGAGACCUGCUGGGCUUCUAAACUCGGCGCAAAAGGGCCAUAGUCAACGGCGUGCUCUAAGCCCCAAUAAACAAUCUAGGGGACCUUAGCCGGCCGGUGUCAAACGGACCCAGUGUGAGGUGAAGGGCUCGGAGCCAGACUAUGACGGCAGGCAGGCCCACGGCAGGGUCAUGGUGUCGCUCGUGUACGCAUAGACACAUCGCGGGUGAAGCCUGGGAGUGCAAGGUGCCUUGUGUGGGUAGGGGAGAGGAAUGUGUGUUUACAAUUCACAAUCCACCGACAGACUAGGUGGAAGUGCGGAUGUCAAUGAGUUUAUGGACCCGACAUGACGCUCGCUGCUGCCCUGUCUUGCUAUCAUCUGAGAUAUUGUGCCGUUCUUCAAAUGUUUUCAGAUAUAUACAAUGAGCACUGAGCAGAUUGAAUAUUUUUAUCGAACGCAAUGCUGAUGAACACCGCCUGGAGGUUCUGUGCACUUUUUUUCGAUGAUCACACGUUUAGCUUCUUUGCCUCUAAGUGCCGUUAUGCCGCUGCAAUUUAUCACUUGCCGUUGUCCAGGCUGCUUCCUUGUCCACUGUCCAGCGUUUACCUGCUACUGUGAAACAGCUGCUGAGGCAAGGAGGCACGGUUCAGCUUAUUGUGCCAGUAGUGCUCCAGGAAUGCCUGUCGUGAAUUGUCGAGCAAACAAAACAAGUGUUGGGCGAGUGAAUAAAUCGACGCUGCGUGUUUUUAAAC